AUGUCUGAAAGCACUGAAUUCAUUCGCACCGCAAGCAAAAACGAGAGACGUUACAUUAUGCGACAUGCUCUCGGGUUUUACAAUGCAUUAACCCUGACAGGUCUUUACACGAUACCCCACACAGACUCGCUCAACGCAAACAACCUCGACAAGUUCAUCCCUGCCUUGAAACAUUGUAUUGCGGUGCAUCCUUUCUUGAGCACAGCAAUCAAAGGAGAGAACACUGAGAACCCAAGUUUUGUUCGGCCUGCAUCAAUAAACCUUCGAAACCAUUUACACCUCGUUGAUAUGCUUUCAAAUUCAACAUCAUCCUCACUCACGGACAAAGAUGAUCGAGACCUGCAUUUGAUCACGCAGGUGACAAAGAAAAUUCACGAUGAGCCUUUUGUCAAUGUGGAUCAGCAACCCCCUUGGAAAGUCCUCAUCGUCCCUCUUUCCGAUGAAGCCGCAUCAGGUCAACGAGUCUACAUCAUUUUUGCAUGUUCCCACUCUCACGGCGAUGGAAAGUCAGGUCUGGAAUUCCAUAAAACCUUCCUAGAGGGUCUCAAAUAUGCACAUGAACUAUACGACCAAGGUUACCUCUACCAGACCUCGACCUCUGCAUUGCCCCUUCUACCGCCAUUAGAGGAAGCAGCCAACCUGUCCAUUACCUGGCGAUACCUAUUCCUCAAUCUCUUUGGUAGACAUAUGCCAAGCAUUGCCUGCAGAUUGCUUGGUCUCCAACCCCCGGCGAAUAUAAUCCAUGGUUUCAACGCCUGGACGGGGAGAGCAAUGACCUUUGACCCAUCCAAGUUCCACACUGGAUCUGAAGCUCUCUUGGUCAAGAAGGAUCUACUUAGUGGGAUAUUGAGGGUGUGCAGAGAGCAUGGGGUCAAGUUUACGGGCUUUUUCAACCAUCUCGUCGCGCACAUCUUGCACAGCAUCCUUCUACAGCAUCGAGAUACAGGUAGAAACACUUGUACUCGCACCCUUCUCGGACAAAUUGUCGUUGACCUUCGAGCCCUGAUUCCAGCUUACAUAAAAAGCGAGAAUCAAAUGGUUAAUAGUGUAUCCGCACUAAUUGCGACAAUCAGUCUCAAAAAUGACACUGAAUUCUGGAAUGAUGCGCGUAGGACUACUGUCAAACUUGCCGAAUGUGCGAGCACUCUUGCUGAUCAACCGAUUGGACUUCUGAGAUUUUUUCAUUCAUUUCGGGGUUGGUUUCUUGGGAAACUGGGUAAGGGUCGGGAUUCAUCGUAUGAGAUUAGCAAUGCGGUUAUAUUUGAUCCACGCUUGCAACCUUCAGACCCCGUUGGUACCGGGAAGGUAAAUUGGGAUAUUGAGCGGGUUUUGUUUUCGCAGCCGGCGAAUGUUACGGGAAGCCCGUUGAACUUUCAGAUUGUUACGAGGAAAGGUGGUGACAUGGUUAUUACUUUAAAUUGGCAGCGGGGCAUUCUUGAUGUUUCUGAUGAAACUUUUUUUGUCCGGGAGAUCCUAGAAAACGUUCAUGGUCUGAUGACUGAGCUUUGUUGUGAUAGCUCUUUGACUUGA